GAUUUUAUGUGAAUUAUGAUGCCGUUCGUUAAAAAAUGUUGUUUCUGCAUAUCUUUACGUACUGGAGGGCAAAUUUUGGGCGUUAUUUCAUCCGUAGUCUCCACCGUAUGGAUAUGUUUGGUGACAUGGAUGUUCUUCUUUAUAAAUAGUCGAAUUGACGAAGCUAUAGACAUGCAAGAUAGUAUCAACGAUGUAAAUCUGAAUGACAGCACAGAGAGUACAACUCCCACAAAUGAUGAUGGCCUCAGUCAACAUCGCUUGAUUUUAACAUUAGUUAUUAGUGUGCUAUUAAUUGCCAAUAUCUCUGUUCUCGUCAGUGCUGUACUACUAUUCAUUGGAGCGAGAACUAAACGAAAGGAACUCAUCAUCCCCUACCUUGUAACUGAUGCAUUUUCAAUUCUUUUCGAAAUGGGAUGCUUUCUAAUAAAAGAUAUUGCACUUAUAAUGAGUCAUACAGAAGAGAACAUAAUAAUUGCAGUUUAUGUCAUUUAUUUCAUACUCUCAAUCUAUCUCUGGAUCUGCAUUUUCUCGCUCUAUCAGUGGAUAAAGCAGAUAAACCGAUAUCAAUGCACAGACUUUGAAGCUGUUUACACUACAAGACCAAGAAAUUAGCUAAGAAGUUGUUCUUAUAUUAAUUUUUAAUGUUUUCAAUUCGACUUUGUAAAGCUUAAAGCUUCAAUGAAAAAUAAAUAAUAAGUUUAUUAUUAUUUUCAUGUAAAAUUUCAAAGAAUUUUUUAACAUUAACGAUUAAGGAAAAAGUUGUUUUUUUAUUAUUAUUAUUGUAAAAUGAGGAAUAGAAGUAAUAGAAUAAAUAAAAGAAGCUGUUAAAUUGUACCUAUUUUAGAAAUAAAACAAAUCAAAGCUUAUCUCAA